GAGCCGCCAAUUGGACAGAGCUACGCGGCGAAUGGCGGAGACGCUGAGGCGGGUGCUGACCAGGGACGGUGCGGCCUGGUCCGGGGAGGAGAACACGCCUGCCGCCGGACCGCCUUUGCUGCUGCUCGGCGCACCAGGAUCUGGAAAAACAACGCUGCUAUUUGCUGCGGCCCUAGAGGCGGCGGGGGAGGGCCAAGGCCCAGUCCUCUUCCUGACACGGAGGCCUCUACAAAGCCUGCCCCGCGGGACCGGAACGACUCGAGAUCCAAUGCGACUCCAGAAGAUCCGCUUCCAGUACCCACCCUCAACCCGAGAGCUUUUCCGGCUCUUGUGCUCUGCCCAUGAAGCCCCGGGGCCAGCCCCCUCCCUUCUGCUGCUCGACGGCCUAGAAGAGUACCUAGCGGAAGACCCAGAGCCCCAGGAAGCCGCCUACCUCAUUGCCUUACUUCUAGACACAGCUGCCCACUUCAGCCACCGGCUUGGGCCUGGCCGGGACUGUGGACUCAUGGUGGCCCUCCAGACCCAGGAGGAGGCAGGUAGUGGGGACAUCCUGCACCUGGCACUGCUCCAGCGGUAUUUUCCUGCCCAGUGCUGGCUGCAGCCAGAUGCACCAGGUCCAGGAGAGCACGGCCUCCGAGCCUGCCUGGAGCCAGGCGGGCUGGGCCCUAGAACAGAGUGGUGGGUGACUUUCCGAUCAGAUGGAGAAAUGAUGAUUGCUCCAUGGCCCACCCAGGCUGGUGACCCCAGCUCAGGCAAGGGUUCAAGCUCUGGAGGCCAGCCUUGAGCUUUGGUGUGUGACCACCUCUCUGUGCUUCAGUUGCCCAUGGCUACUUACCUCAGGGACAUACGCAGAUCCAAAGACCUAAACAAUGUAAAGUGCUUUUUCUCUUUUAAAAGUAUAGCAUUAUCUUGUAUAUAUUGUACCUAAUCAA